GUUCGGAAGAUGUCGUUGGCGACCUGGUAUAAAAACAGACGAACUGUCGAUUUUGCUUCACUUUUCUGUGGUUUUUCUGCUCGAAGUGAGCUCCAAGUUUGUGGCUUUUCAUUUGCAAUUGCAUUUAUUGCUUCCUCUCCUGAGUUUCAGUGAUUUUUCCGUAUCUUUUUCUCGUAAAAUCCAAGAGAACUCGGCAUUAAAAAUGUCAGCUCGCAAUCCAGCCGAAGAUCAACUCAAUCUCUACAAGAAAUCCUUGAAGGGCGCUGAGUCGACUGUGACCACUAAAUAUGGAGCCCCAAUUGGUGUCAGGAGUGCAACGCAAACAAUUGGACCCAAUGGUCCAGUUCUGCUGCAGGAUAAUCAUUUUCUCGACGAGAUGAGCGCCUUCGAUCGUGAACGUAUCCCAGAACGUGUGGUACAUGCUAAGGGAGCCGGUGCCUUUGGUUACUUCGAGGUGACGCAUUCUGAGAUCCAGAAGUACUGCGCUGCCAAACUCUUUGACACCGUGGGCAAGAAAACACCUGUCGCUGUUCGUUUCUCAACUGUGGGCGGAGAGAGUGGAUCUGCUGAUACUGUACGCGAUCCUCGUGGAUUCCCCAUUAAGUUCUACACUGAAGAUGGAAUUUGGGAUUUAGUUGGCAACAAUACGCCAAUUUUCUUCAUUCGUGAUCCAAUUCUUUUCCCCAGUUUUAUUCAUACGCAGAAGAGGAAUCCACAGACCCAUCUGAAAGAUCCUGACAUGUUCUGGGACUUUAUUACACUGAGACCGGAAACUACUCAUCAGACGUGUUUCCUAUUCUCGGAUAGAGGAAUUCCCGAUGGUUAUCGUCACAUGAAUGGCUACGGAUCGCACACGUUCAAGACAAUCAAUGCCAAGGGUGAAGCUUUUUGGGUGAAAUUCCACUACAAAACUGAUCAGGGAAUUAAGAAUUUGACACCUGAACGAGCUCUUGAGCUAUCAGGAUCAGAUCCUGAUUAUUCCAUCAGGGAUCUGUACAAUGCUAUUGCCAAGGGCAACUUCCCCAGUUGGACAUUCCAUAUCCAAGUGAUGACCAUGGAACAGGCUGAAAAGUUCAAGUACAAUCCAUUUGACUUGACGAAAAUCUGGCCACAGUCUGAGUAUCCGUUGAUCAAGGUGGGAAAACUUGUGCUGGAUCGCAAUCCCAAGAACUACUUUGCUGAAGUUGAACAAAUUGCCUUCAGUCCGUCACACUUUGUGCCUGGCAUUGAGGCAUCUCCUGAUAAGAUGCUGCAGGGAAGACUCUUCGCCUAUGCUGACACUCAUCGUCAUCGCAUUGGUGCCAAUCACCUUCAGCUGCCGGUCAACUGUCCCUACCGCGUCACUCCCAAGCACUAUCAGCGUGAUGGCCCAAUGAACUUCACAGACAACCUAAAUGGUGCUCCAAACUACUACCCCAAUUCUUUCGGUGGACCCGAAGUCUCCCAACGUGCCCUCAAGCUUGAUCCUCCCUACAAGGUCAGCGGGGAUGUGGCUCGAUACGAUUCCGGAGAGACCGAGGACAACUUCUCUCAGGUCACGGACUUCUACCGUCGCGUUCUCGAUCCUGCCCAUCGUGAACGUCUGGCCCAGAAUAUUGCUGGCCAUCUGAAGGAUGCCAGUCCCUUCAUCCAGGAGCGUGCCGUCAAGAAUUUCUCCCAGGUCGAUGCUGCUCUUGGUGAGAAACUCACUGAGCUCCUCAAGAUGUACGAACGCAAGAAGUGCGCCAAUCUCUAAGAGAGAAAAACCAGCAACUUACAAUUGGGUUUCGGUGUUUGCGUUUUUUUUAUCUAUCCCUCUUAUCAACAUUUAUAUUGCAUGAUUUGGGGACUUUGUCUAAUUGUAUGAUUACUUUUUUUUGUAAAACUUUCAGAAAUUCAAUAAAAUUGAACCAUUCCACAAAGUAAGAAAAAAA